ACCACGCUCAAAACAAGUUGAAUUAACACAUCUGAAUCACGAUCAACAACCAAUCAGUUGCCACACACCAGAACGUAUAUAACACGCGUAAAAGCCGCGUUCAGCUCAGUCAUUGUCAAACCGCGCUUGUAAUAACUUCAAGUAAAAUAGAUUAUGUCGUCUAAAAAGAAAAGCAAAUCCAGAUCAUCACGUGCUGGUCUCCAUUUUCCAGUUGGAAGGAUUCACAAGAUCUUGAAGAAAGGGAACUACGCACCGAGGAUUGGGGGAGGAGCUCCAGUUUAUUUGGCAGCAGCCCUCGAAUAUCUCUCAGCAGAAAUACUGGAGUUGGCAGCGGAAGUUGCUAAGGAGAAUAAUAAGUCUCGUGUCAUCCCGCGCCAUAUACUUUUCGCGAUUAAAAAUGACGAAGAGCUGAACAGGAUGCUGUCCGGUGUUACCAUAUCGCAGGGCGGUGUGUUGCCAGCUAUUCAUUCGCAAUUACUUCCGAAGAAAACCGUAAAGAGUUCUCAAUCACAAUAAAUUAUAUGAUAUUAUUAUUUAUGUAUUUAUUUUGAUGUAGGUCGAACGAAUGAUCUGAAUGACAAAGUCCUUUUAAGGGCUGCAU